CUGAAGCCUUGGCAUCGUUUAAAUUAAUUAAUUAGUCAUUAAUUUGUGGUAAUACAGAGCAAUUACGAAUUUCAUACGGUUGCUAGUGAUAAGUUAUCAUGCAAGAACGGUAACUUUUACGCCUAAGCCGAUAAUCGCUUCCCGGUAAAUAUUUUCUCCAAUUAAAUUGAUUAUUAGUUAGUGACAUAUUUUAUAUAAAAUAAGUGAAGUUUCAAGAAAUGGCGUCUAGUGUGGAGAUUUUCGAAUGUAAUAACAGUGAAAAUCAACCUACGUCUCUUCACGAUGCAGUCCGCAGCGGUGACAUCGAAGCAGUUCGCGAAUUUCUAAAAAACAAAUGUGACGUCAAUCAAACAGACAGCAGCGGAAACACGCCUCUAUUGUUAGCUGUAUGCAUAAAGCAGGAGGAAAUUUACGACUCGAUUGUUACCGCUUUAAUUGAAAAUGGGGCAGACGUCAAUGCUUAUAACAAGGGUUUCACACCGUUAUACAACGCAGUGUUUUAUAAAAGAGAGAAGUCCGUCGCCAUGUUAUUGCAAGCAGGAGCAUGGCUAAGGCCGUCGUAUAAAAACGAGCUUCAUUUAUUGGGAGAAACAGGUGGAAACAGAACUCUCGAAUUGAUAUUGAAGGAUCCACGUUGUACACCUGACAUUGUGAACAGACCGGAUGAUAGCGGGAGAACUCCAUUGCAUCACGCCGCUCAGAAUAAUCAUAAACAUUGUUUGGAAGUACUUCUCAAUUAUGGUGGAGAUCUAUCAGCUACCGACGAGAACAAUGAAAGUGUAGCUGAUGUUAUUUUUCAAGAAACCGUCAAUCCUGAGCUGUUCAUAACUGGUGUGUUGAAUGAGAAAAUUCGUACGAAACAACUUGAGCAAUAUAAGCAUAGCUACCUCAUAGAUUUUAGUGUGCUGGCGCCAAGAAAGAAUGGAAGACAAAUGGAGGUGAUUUCUAGCCUGCUUGUAGCUGCUACUGAAGAUGAAAAAAUUGAAUUCUUACAACAUCCGCUUAUUGAGCUUUACCUGAUGUUGAAAUGGUCGAGGAUCUGUUACUUCUUCUAUUUAUGGAUUAGUGUAUAUCUCAUAUUUGCUUUUAGUAUGGGGGUUUACAUAAUGUUAGUCAUAGACCAAGUUAGAGAUCUGGAUGGUCUUAAAUUGGCACUCAAAAUUAUAGUUAUAUUCACAGCUUCGGGAUUAUUAGCGCAUGCAAUUUUACAGUGCAUCCUGGAUCGUCGAAAAUAUUUUCAACGUUACGAAAUGUGGAUGAAUUUAAUUUGUACCUGCCUCUCAUUAACUGUAGCUGUAACAUUGAAGGACUAUACAGGAAAUGCGAAUAAAAGUAUCGCGCCAAAUUGGGUGAUGCAUUUCGCAAGUAUCGCGAUUCUGAUGGCUUGGAUCGAACUAAUGCUUCUAAUUGGGCGUUUGCCAAGUCUCGGAUAUUAUGCACUCAUGUUCACAUCUGUCUUGCAGAACGUUGUUAAGGUAUUGCUUGCCUACGUAUGUCUUCUUCUUGGUUUUACUAUGAGCUUCGCUAUACAGUUCCACGCAUUUCCGCAAUUCAAGGAUCCUUGGAGAGCCUUGGUAAAAACUACAGUUAUGAUGAUGGGAGAAUUUGAAUACAGUGAUAUGUUCAACGAAGAUGAUGGUUCUCCUCAAAUACUACCAGCUACGUCUCGUUUUAUUUUUUUGAUCUUCAUAAUUUUAACAAGUAUUGUACUGAUGAACCUCAUGGUAGGAGUAGCGGUAAGUGAUAUCCAGGAACUUCAUCGCAGGGGUCGAGCAAAAAAAUUAGAAAAACAAAGCGAAUUUUUACAUCAAUUGGAAAAAGUACUUUCCUCCAAACAAAUGAAUUCCAAAUAUAUACCGGAGAUAAUAAAGCGGCUUGUUGUUAGGAGAAAUUAUAUUAACACGCAGUUCGAGGUCAAAUCUUCAGCAGAUUUCCAAAGAAAACACAAAAUUCCCAGGAGGAUUAUUGAUUCGAUCACUGCUAUAGCAAAAGGGCAAAAGCAAUUUGGAGAAGAAUAUUGAAAAUUAACUAAUUCGAAGAAUUCUUCUUGAUGGAAACUUUAAGACGACAAUUAAUUUUAAACAGUUUGUAUCAUUAGUAAGAAAAACGAUGAAGUUAAUUUAGAACAUUAAUAUUUCUUAAAGUGACCUCAAGCGAUUUGGAAAUUUCGAAACUUUUUUUGUCGUGAAUUAUCUGUUGAAAUGUAAUUUCUUAGUUCUAAGAUUUUUCUCGUUCUUUUAUUUAUACUUUGUACUGGUUUUUCGUGUAAUUUCAUUAUAUUUCUCUCAACCUAAUUACUGCUACUGAAAUAAUAAGAAGAAAGUCGAGUGUUAUAUAGAAACGACAAUAUUCAUUUUCUCUCUCGUUCGUGACACUUUAUCUAUACUGCGCUUGCUUGAGAAUGCGCUGAGCCGAGCUGGACCUCGGAGGAUUGAGAAAUCGUUGCCGAUCUCUCAUUUUAUAUAUAAAUUUUUCCUAAAUAAACCAAGAAAAUGUUUUAAAUAUUAA